CAGUUCAAAGUCCCACAGAAAUUAGACGACCGCAACUUAACAGAAGUGAAAGCAAAGGGGGAGAGCUCACUUUCGUCAAAGGUGCAAAGCUAGAAAGAUACCUCAAAACGUUGCUGUGGCUUCUCUCAGAAAGUAAUGCGCAACAUUUAACGAGGGUUAAAACCCCAGAGCUGGUUUGGUUAGUUUCCUGUUUGUGAAGUUGACUGGAGUCCUUUAAAUGUUUUCGAUCCGGUGACGGACGGCUUCUACACAAACACAGCAAGAGACGCUUAAAACAUGGAGAAUGGGAAGAGCCGCCUGCAGCAGGCCCAGGAGGAUGCGGAGCAGGUGAAGGACAUCAUGCUGGACAACAUGAACAAGGCUGGUGAGAGAGCUGGUAAACUGGAUGACCUGGAUGACAGGGCCGAUGAGCUGCUGGCAAAGAGCAAAGCUUUUGAAAAGACUGCAAAUCAAGUGAAGCAGAAGAAAAGAUGGGAAAACAAGAGGAUGAAAAUUGUGUUCAUCGCUGUCGGGGUGGUGGCCGCACUCGUUAUUAUCGGACUUAUCAUCUUUGCCAUUGUUGAUGGUACAGGAGGACAAUAACAUGAUUAUGAAAACAAAGUAAGACAUAGAAACUAAAUGACAUGAUGUCAGACUCAAGCCUCUCCUUUGAACUCCGUUGUAUGUGAAAAUGUUAGCUGUUUGAGAGCGAGUACUGCCCACACACUUUAUUAGUGCAAGUCUUCAGUUGAUAAGGUACCAUUGAUUGAUCGGCUGCUUUGCUGUGAUCAUGUCAUUGUUAAUAAACAUUAGAAGAAGACACAAGUAAUCAUGACUAUAACUUUUCAACAAGAACUGUUUGGGCAUCUCCCUGCUAAGACAGACAAACAAACCACAAAUAAUUUGGCUUCUACUUCAUUGAAUGUAGUGAUUCUCGAUCGAGGGCCCCACUCAGGAGAAAAGAAAAAGACCAUUUGAUGCUGAACUGAAGACGGAAUCCAUUUCACUGAUGAUUAGUUUGGUAAAAUUCCCCCGACUCAGCUUCAAGAGUCAUCUCUCAGGUGAAAUAUUCACCUUCAAAUUGGAAAGAUUGAACUGAUGUUCUGUCUCAUCAGACUUCCUCAUGUCCUAUAUCACUUAUGUACAAAUGUGUCUGUUUUAUUAAAGUGUAUUUAAAGCUGUG